AUGCUGUCAUGUCUUCAGUCCUCAAAUCAAUUAAUACGUGAAUCCACUGAUUGUCGCAUCCAUUCACUCGAUGUCUGUCUUCAGUUGAAUUGAUCCGUGAAUGUCACCAGAGGAGUGAUUCACUCAAUGUUUACAAAACAUUACUCUUAUAUGAUUACUAUAUCCAAGACUACAUCCAUUUGAUCCCACGUUCACCCACUCGUCAUGACAUUAACGGCACAAUACCGGCCCUAUCGGGAUGAGGAGACACUGGAUGGUGUGGAGAACUCGGACCUGUCUUGGCCUGACCACGAGGUCGGAACCAUUCAGAUCUACGAGAAGACCACUGAAGACAUUCCCUUCGCAUCCAAUCGCCGACUGCUGAUGGGAGUCGUCAUGUUAUCCGUGUUAACCAUUUUGACCGGUUUUCUCAUCGGAUACUUCGCUCACUCCACUCACUCAGAGUGUGUCCCAAAUCUGGCCAUGUCUUUACAUUCAGUACGCGAUGAGAAUCCGACGAUUCGGGCGAAGAUAAUGAGGGAAAUUAAUCCCAUAUCCAUACGAUCUGUGGUGAAGGAGUUCUCUCGUGAGCCACAUAUGGCCGGAUCGGCCAAUGAUCUCAGACUUGCCAUUCAAGUGAAGGACUUCUUGAAUGCUCAUCACUUCGACAAAACUGAACUCAAGAACUAUUCGGUUCUCCUCUCUGUCCCCGACUCUCAUGAAUCCAAUUACAUUGAAAUCAUUGAUCAAAGCAUUAAUAAAACAAUUCAUACAUCCAUUGGAACCGAUAAGAAAGGAUCCGAUUCUGGUUCAGUCAUAUUCGUGAACUUCGGCCAACUCGCCGACUAUCAGAUCCUAUCGACUGUUUAUAACAUAACUCGUGAUACAAUCGCCGGUAAAAUCUUAAUUGCAAAGCAAUUCCACUUAACAGCAGACGAACAGAUGUCAUUUGCAUACCAAAUGGGAGCGGCAGCUCUGCUACUAUACCCGGACCCGGAGCACUACAAUUCUCCCAAUUUAAAAGUCAAACCAUUCCCGGACUCUCCUUAUAUGCCGGCAGAUGCUGUUCGACACGACUCUCUCAUAUGGAAUGGAUUAGGAGAUCCACAGACUCCAGGAUACCCGGCCACUUCUUAUGCACACCGUUUGCCAUUACAAUCGCUUAAUUUGCCGAAUAUUCCUGUCCAACCAAUCAGUUAUUUAAAUGCAUUGCAAAUCCUGAGUAGACUUGAUGGCAGCAAAGCUCCCGGUGCGUGGAAUGUGGGAUCCAAUACCACCUACUAUUUAGGGCCAGGUUUUCGUAACGAAGGCAACUCUAAUAUAACAUUACGUCUUAAGAUAAGCAAUCAAUUGGUGAACAAAACAAUUUAUAAUGUAAUCGGAUCUAUAAGAGGCAAAGUAGAGCCCGACCGGUAUGUCAUAGUUGGCAACCAUAGGGACGCCUGGUUUAACGGUGCAAUAGACUCAGCGGCCGGAACGGCAGCUUUUCUUGAAUUAUCACGAGUUUUCGGUGACUUAUUGGUGGAGGGGUGGCGUCCGCGUCGGUCCCUAUUGUUCUGCAGUUGGGGCGCAGAAGAGUUCAAUUUGAUUGGUUCCACGGAAUGGAUCGAAGAGAACCUCAAGAUAUUGCACGGAAGAGCCGUCGCUUAUAUUAACUCCGAUAUUAUAGUCAUUGGGAACGGGAGUCUCAGUGUGGCCGCCUCUCCCCUCUUAUAUCACGCCAUAUUCAACGCCACGAAAGAAGUGUUGAAUCCUAACGAUGAAGAGGAGGCAAAGACUGUGUACGAGAAGUGGUUAAUCAGUUUGCCUCACAUGAGAAACACUUCGGGAAUGAUUUCAGUGAAACGAAACGCUUUCGACUCGUCGUUUGAUUUGGACGAAGACUUGUUUAGUAUUAACCAACACUUCAACACUGGAGAGCCCAACGAAUCGGGAUCUUUGCUCAAGACUUAUAUGGAGUCGGCUGUCCUCCAGACCCGACCCAAAGUGCGUCCGUUAGACAUGAGGUCGUCAUACGCGCCCUUCUUCACGAUGGCUGGCAUUCCUGCGCUGGACAUCACUUACACCAACGUUAACGCCGUUAAUGAAGACUCGAAUCCAAUCAAUUCAAUGAGUUAUCCAUUACUACACACUAAAUAUGACACGUUUGAAGUGAUCGACAAAUUCAUUGAUCCGACCUUUAGGGUCCAUAAAGCAGUGACACAAGUGUUGGGAGAGAUAAUUAGGGACAUAUCGGACUCACUCUUCAUACCAUUCAAUCUCUUAGACUACGCACAGGUUCUCCGAGACCUUUACGUCACGCUUCAUAUCCACACCGAAACUAUACUCAAUAACAAUGGCAUUAAUAUCGGGUUGUUGGACUCGGCGAUAACCAACUUUACUUUGGCUGCCGUUAGGUUCCACUCAAAACAAGACAAACUCGACUUCACUGAUCCAAUGGCUAUCAGACGAGUGAAUGAUCAGCUGAUGCUAAUCGAGCGCACAUUCCUCGACCCGAACGGAUUGCCCCGAAAUAUGAUGAAACGACACAUUAUUUUGUCUCCCAGUGAGACGGACCCUCCCUAUGACGAGAUGUUCCCGGGACUCAUGGAUGAGUUCAGUAUUCUAUUACAACAGUCCGGAAACACCAGUACUAAGCACUGGACGUGGGAUGUGAUCAGAGCCCACUUCUCGAUCAUUGUGUCCACCAUUGAAACGGCAGCGCAUGCUAUAAGUGAUGUCAUCUAAUAGUUUACCGCAAAUUUGUAUUAUUUUGUAGACAUUUUAUCAUUGAAAUUAUGGGUCAAAAAUCAUGGAUUCAAUUUUGGGUCAAUUGUAAAAUACUUUCAAACAUUAUUUACCGGUAUUUUCGUGAGUGUUUUGCUAAGAAUUUUCAGCAAAUAGUCGUUCAAAAAGGCAACUGAAGUUCAAAUCAUAAAAUACUGAAAAUGAUUAAUAUAUCGAUUUUAAUUGAAUUGUGAUUUAUUUGGAGAUUUGAAUCUUAUUUUUAUUUAUUAUAUACCG